AUGCCCGGCAUAUCACCUGACGUCAUCAGCCACAAGCUCAGCAUCUCCACUGCCCACAAACCGGUCAGACAGAAGCGCCGCUCAUACGAUACCGAACGGUACGAGGUAAUGUGUGCCGAAGUUGGCAAGCUCAAAGCCAUCGGCUUUAUCAGGGAAGCUACGUACCCUGUCUGGCUUGCCAACUCAGUCAUGGUUCAGAAGGCCAAAGGUGGAUGA